UAUUUUCUAAUUCUACAGAAAGGGUUAAAGUCAAAAUGAUUCAAAAUCUACGUUUAAUUUCGAUUAAUAUAAAAAUUUGGCAAAGUUUUGGUUUUAUUUAUAAAAAAUCAAAUUGGAAAUUUUCAUUAUUUAUAAUUGUUCCCAUUUUACUGAAUAUUUUUGAAAUUUUAUAUCUUUUGGAAAAUUAUCGAAAUCUUGAAACUGUGAUUUUAAGUUCAUUCAUGACAGCCAUACUUUCUAAUUCGAUAUUUCGUAGUGUAGCAGUGGUAUUGAAUGAAAAAGGUUUUAUUAAAUUUCACCAAGAAAUUGAAAAAAUAUUCCGUGAAGCUGAGAAUCGAAAUGAUAUUACAACACUUAAGACCUUAAAUGAAGUUGGAGUAAAAGCUGAUAAAUUCACUAAGUUCAGCUUGUGUUUGGGAGGGGUUGGAGCUAUUGUAGCUGUUAUUGCACCUUUUUUGCUAAACUCAAGAGAAUUGCCUUACCGCGUUUCGAUACCCGGUAUUGAUGUUGGUCAAAGUCCUUACUACGAAAUAAUUUACAGCAUAGAAGUUUUUUUAAUAAUGCCUUUUAUGUAUGUCAGUUAUGUUCCUUUUACGACAUUAUUCAUCAACUAUUUAAUGUUUGGUAUUGGUUGUCUACGGAUUUUACAAAGUAAACUGGAAAAUGUAGUUGAUUCAUCAAAAGACGCUGAGGAAAUUUAUGCUGAUAUAAAUGUUUGUAUACGAUAUCAUAAUCAAAUUAUCAGAUUUAGUGAGAAUUUGAGUUCGCUAACAUCGCUGGUAAAUUUAGUCGAAUUCUUUUUGUUCAGCUUGAUGCUUUGCGUAUUGUUGUUUUUCGUUUAUAUUGUUGACAAUACUACGCAUCAGAUAAAUGCAGUUAUGUAUAUUGGAAGUCUACUUUAUGUGGUUCUGCUAUCAUAUUGGCAUGCUAAUGAGUUUUCUUAUGAGAGUUUAAAAGUAGCUGAAGCCGCUUACAAUUCUGAUUGGACAAUUUGCAAUUCGAAAAUCAAAAAGAAUAUAUUGAUGAUAAUAAUAAGAAGUCAAAAUGCAUUGCAAAUAUAUGCAGGAGGAAUGUACCCAAUGACACUUCAGACAUUUCAAUCGGUUUUAAGUGCUACUUACUCAUAUUUUAGCGUUUUAAAUGGUAUCAGUAAAUAGAUAACCAUUCAAUUUAAUUAUACGUUAUUCAUUCAAGAGUUUUGUAGAAAUUUAAAACAAAAAAUACAAAAAUGUUUACAACUUCAUUAAAAGGUUUGUAGAUAUUUUGUACUUUAUGAUUUUAUUAAGGAAAUAAGCUCUUUAGCUUAUUAUUUGCACAGAAUUUUGAUUUUUUGAAUCGUGUCACAGUCACAAUAUUAAACGGAAGAAGACAGUAUAACUCAUAUUAUAAUAUAAUGCAAUUUUAUGAGUGUUUCAAGUUUCUUUCAAAUUUCUUGAGUGUUCUUAAGAAGAGACAUUAUUUUUGUUCAAUAUUAGAAUAAGUUUUAACAAUGAAAAUGUUUGUUUGAUUUUGAUUGAUUUUUAAAGAAGCUU